UUUUAAGUUUUUCCUUUGUGCUGUUGGUGUCUGUUUUUAAAAAGAAGCAGAAAUGUUCCGUUUUCUGGUAGUUGCCGUUUGCCUGGCCAUCAGUGUCCACGCCUACUCGGACGGUGCCCCCAAGACUGCCUGCGCGGAUCUGACGCCCCAGCACGGCGCCAAGCUGCAGACGAUCAAGCCCCCGUACAGCUUGUCCGGACCGGCUCAUGUCCGGUCGAACGAGAAACUGAAGUUGACACUGGGCGGUGAUGAAUUCAAGGGCUUCAUUAUCCAAGCUCGCGAUGGCCAGAAUCGCGUCGUCGGCAAGUUCCAAGUGGUGGAUGCUGCCCACUCGCAGACCCUGUCCUGCUCAGGAUCGGAUGACACCCUUACCCAUCGGAAGAUCAAUCAGGAUAGUCCCGUGACCCAGGUCACUUUCGAGUGGGUGCCGCCAGCAGGUUACAAGGGCAACGUCAAGUUCAUGGCCUCCGUGGUCCAGAGCAGCUUCGUUUACUGGGUUGGUCGUGUGACCAAGGACAUCAAUGUCGAGGAGCCAUAGGAUCUUUUCUCGGUGCAUGUGAUAGAAAAGUUUGCAAAAGUUUACCUUAAAUGUUCCGUUUACCAAUGGGAGCAAAGUAUUUUGAAAAAUAAAGUCUACGUUAAAAAGAGA